AUGGAAGUCCUCCGAGAAGCGCCCAAGCCUUCGUCGUUUGUCCCUCUCAUAGAACACCAGUCCACCACGCCUGCAUCCUUCUACUCUGGCCCCCCGGUCCUGCAUUACUAUAGUGACCGGAGCAAACUGAUCAUCUUGGAGCACGAAAUCGAUUCUGCCCCAGCAUUUGCCCCCAUCCUUGCCGCAGCCUCUACCCACCAGCAAGAAAAUGGAACACAGACAAAUGGAGAGCAGCCUGACCCAGGCAAGCAAAAGGUGGUUGAGGAGGUCGAUGUCUGGGUCACAUCGGACAAAUUGUUUGUCUACUCAAAUGCGGCGUGCGCAGGCGUCUCCAUCCCGUACCCGUCCAUCUCAUUGCACGCCAUUCAGAUGCUGCCCACCCCCGCAGCAAUUGAGCAACAAGGAGUCUACAUGCAAUUGAUGACUUCGACCGAAGAGUCCACGGGUCAAGAUAUUGAGCCUGAAUCUCUCUCUGUCACCAUUGUCCCAACUGCUUCGGCCGCCCCCGCCGUGGCUUCAGAACUGGACCCUGCGGAAGACAAGCCAGAGCAAACACCCGUCCAGGCCAUGUUCCAUGCCUUGUCGAACUGUUCCAAUCUGCAUCCUGAUCCUGUUGAUCCAGGUGACGAAGAAGAAGAUGGAAGUCGCCUAUUCCAAGCCGGCCUCGCCUUCCCAGGCGCAACCGACGGGGGUCUUCCACCCGCCAUGCCCGGGAGCGGCGGAUGGAUCACAGCCGAGAAUAUGCACGAGUUUGUGGAUGAAACCGGGAAUUGGAUUGAGGACGAGGGUGAAGGUGAGGAGAGUGCUGAGGAGAACGAGCCACUAGGUGCUGGUGCUGGAAAUGUACGACCUAGAGAUGAUGCUGAGACUGGGGAAGAUAGCGAUGAGUCCAAAUGGAGGAGAACCUCUUGA